CACAAUACCCAUUAUGACGUAUGCAUUACACAGGUUGUCAUGGAGACCGUGGGAAAUAAUAUGGCUACCGUGGGAAAUGAUAGUAUAAACCCGGAAGCUAACUUUUUGGCUGAGGAUCAGGUCGCUUACAUCACUAAGUUACGUCAUGAUGACGUAGAACGUAUGCGGACUGAGGUUGGGGGGUGGAUAUCUGAAGUUUUGGGAAAGGAAGUGACGUCACAAAACAUAUUAUCGGAGCUUCGAAGCGGAGUGACGUUGCUAUAUGUAGCGCGAUCACUAGAAUUGCUACGUCAUCAAGAAGACAAUUGUUACGACAAAGAUAUCGAAGCCGAGUUACGUCACUUGACACCUGAUGACGUAUUAUUCGGUCAUAACCCGGCACAAAUGGUUGCCAGGCAACGAACCAACAUAUCGAAGUUUCUUGAAUGGUGUCGCGACAUCGGUGUGAGGAAGAUCACAUUGUUUGAAUCCGAGGAUCUCGCUUCUGAGAAGAACGAACGUCAAGUCCUCACUUGUAUUUUAAAUAUCGCCAAGAUAGCUGCGAGGUAUUGGGUCACGCCACCAGAGAGCGUAAGAGAGGAAAUUAAGCAAGAGGAGUCACGAAGGAUGCGGAAACGGGAUGGCGGUCUCCUCCCCAAAAGUGGCGGUCUCCUCCCCAAGAAACCCACUACCGCCACCACACGGACGAUGGGAACUUCAUUUACAAAAGUUUUCGCGAAAAUUAAGGGCGAUCGUCACGAAGCUACGAUUGACGUCACAAACUACGAUUCAACGCAACUUCAUGAAGAGGUUGUCGUCAUCGAAUCGAUUCCAGAAGCCACAGAAGUUUUUGAAACCAGAAGUGAGAUCAUUACCCACGAGGUUGGGGACAUGGUCAUUAUCGAUACGCUUGAGUUAACACAGAACGACAACGUCAUAGAACAUGACGUCAUCAACCCUGACAAAGAAGACUUUACCACCAAAUCUUCCACCGGCACGAGCAACAGUAACACAACCAGCGAGAACGAAUAUUUCACUACCUAUGACGUCAAUCAUGACGUCACACAGCACUCUGAUGACGUAGGAUCGCUGUUGUACCACACCGCCUAUAUGGAUGACGUACAUGAUGACGUAAAUGAUGAUGACGUAACCCCAGGAAGUAAGAGCGCCCCCGUGUGGAGCGGAUACAUGGAUGACGUCACCGAAGAGCAACGGGAAUCCCCAGAUAUGAAACCGAACGUUUUCCACGAAACACCGAUCAAGACGACCAACCAAACAUUUGACGAAGAUGAAAUUAUGAUAAACUAUCCUCCUCUUAGAUCGCUCCUCUCAUCCACUCCUUCCUCCUCCUCCUCUCACUCCUCCAACCUCUCCCACUCCAGCCCCGCCCCCACCACGCCCCCCAUUCCGCCCCGAAUCUUUAUAACACCGCUAGCAUCCAGAAGAUCCUCGUCAUCCAGGAGCAGAAAAUCAUCAUUAUCAGGAGCCAGGAAGCUUCCCAAUACGUCAUCAAUCCAUGACGUCACAACCACGACGUCACUCGGGCUAGUACAAGUUGUCGACGAAAAGAAAAUCUUUACUGGGGAGGAAGCCCGCCAUUUUGGGGAGGAGCCCGCUGUUUUAGAAGUCCGCAGCGAGAACGUUCAAGUCAGGAGAUCCAGCAUUGAAUCCAUCGACUCCAGGGCGACGCCUAACGGAUCCUCACCGAUCAUUCUCGACCCGAAACUCCUUCGCGAAAGGUCGCCCGACACCGAUAUCGAGAUAGGGGUUUUUACCGAACCCGUGAAACGUCAGAGUUCGUUCAAACAAAUUGUGGCGGCGGCGGAUGAAUAUAUGAUGCCGAUAUUGGUUACCUCCGCGCUCAUCUUGAUCGGUAUCGGUGGUGUCGUUGCCAUGGCACUGGUGUUCCCACUCACGUAAUUCACAACCGCUAGACGGCGUAGAUGAGCUCCGAUCCAAGAGGAAGUGGCGUGCACCAAGAUGAGGAUGAGAAGAUGACAUCAGAGAGGAUGACGUCGGAAAUAAUGACGUCAGAUAUAUUGACGUCAUAACUGCCCAAUACCAUUAAUCUUUUGUUCCCUAACAAUCACCCGUUGGUUAAUCGCUUUGUUCAUUGUUUUCGCACUAAUAAAUAUUAUGACGUAACAGCAGUUAUGUUAUAUGAAA